GCUCGGCCGAGUCCAGCCUUGCCGUCCCGCCGCCGGCUGCCCUGCGCUCAAGGUUCACUGCCCGGGUGCAAGGCGAGUCGACCGGUGGGCGCGGCGUUUUUAUGCGGCGGGGCCGGCGCUGGCGACUUCAGACGGCAGCAGCGUGCGCGCGGCCGCGGCGAGAGCGGCGCCCGGUGCCCAGUCGCGCGCCGACUCUCGUGUGGGCUGUGCCAGCUCGCAGGAGUGACACACCAGCGCACGAGCGCGGCGCCGCACCGAGCCUUAUGCCGAGUUGGGGACGCCAGCGCGGAGCCAGGCUGGGCCAGCUGCGCGCCCAGAUGGCCGCCGAGGAGGACAUGGUGCAGUUCGACAAGGACGACCCGGACUUCGUGGCGCCCCAGCCGGCAGAGUCCAUCCCCGAUUACCGAUCGGAAUUUGGCUUGCUGGGGAGUGCCCGAGGAGUUCCGAAUCCAGCCAACAGCGCCAUCUUCCGCGUGCGCCGGUUCUUCGACAGCCUGAACCGGUCGGAUUCGUCGCCGCUGGAGGAGCGCUCGCCGGCGCCGCCCGACCGCCGCAGCCUGCUGCUGCGCCGUUACCUGCACCGGCACCGGCUGCAGCACAGCCGCUCGACGCCGGGCCGCACGGGCGCCGCCAAGCCGGCAGACAGCCCGUGGCCUUCGCCGGCCCGCGGCCGCCGCCAGCCGCCCCUGCGCGACGUGCAUUCCACGCCCGAGGUGUCUCUGGGCGAAGACGCGCUCUCGUCGGCCAGCAGCCUGACCAACGUGUCCACCAUUAGCAGCAGCUACGUGGGCGACGAGCUCGAUCUGGACGACUGGGAGGACGAGCCCCAGGACGAGGAGCACUACCCUGACCAGGACUGGCUUAGCUGCGAACGCAGCGCCGCGCACUUGACCGUGGAAACUCGGUGCUCGUCGGCGGCCUCCAGCUUCCGCUCGGGGAUCCACUUCACGGCGCGCGCCGCCGCCACCCCGUCGAGCGUGGGCUCCGGUAUCCAGUUCACGGUGGGCGCUGGCGCGGAGCCCUCCAGCUACGGCUCGGGUCUGCACUUCUGCGCGCCGCCCGCCAUGGACGAGCGAGACCAGCACGCUCCCAGCACCCUCACCGAGGAGUACGGCAAAAUGCUCACGCUGGAGGAUCUCAAGGACUACAACAGCAACUGUCUCACAUGUGGCGUGAGCUGGCGCAACGAGGAGGCGUCGCUGGACUGCAAUGAGUGCGGCGGCUAUCCCCUGCACCGUCCCUGUCCAGAGUGCAGCGGCAAAUGUGGCGCCACCUGGGACCGCGACCUCACCAAGUCGCACGACAAGGCGCUGGCCGCCUGGGCCGGAGUGUGCCUCUUUCAGCCCGCCAAGGGCCUCUGCCAGCACAUCAAGGAACUCCGUGCCAACAGUUGAUGGCUGGACGGGGCCCCGCGUGUGGGUUGGCCAGCGGCGCGCCUCUAGAGCUAAUGCUGGCUACCGCGCGGUCGUCUGCACGGAGGUGCCUGCGCGUGGCGCCGCCGUGGCACGGUGUGACUGGCCGCGGGGCCGGCGCGGGCGCCGCGGCCUCUGCGGCCCGACGGAGGAACCGAGCACGGCCCGACGGUGGGACCUAGCGCGGCCCGACGGUGGGACCGAGCGCAGCCCGACGGUGGGACCGAGCGCGGCCCGACAGUUGGACCGAGCGCGGCCCGACAGUUGGACCGAGCGCGGCCCGACAGCGGGACCGAGCGCGGCCCGGCGGUGGGACCGAGCGCGGCCCGACGGUUGGACCGAGCGCGGCCCGACGGUGGGACCUAGCGCAGCCCGACGGUGGGACCGAGCGCGGCCUGACGGUGGGACCGAGCGCGGCCCGACGGUGGGACCGGGCGCGGCCCGACGGUGGGACCGAGCGCGGCCCGACGGUGGGACCGAGCGCGGCCUGACAUGGGUCGGCUCUGCCUCGGCCGCUGUCCGACUUGUGUAAUUUUUCAAUCGCCGCAGGCCUAACAACCGGCUUAUGUGUCCAGCACUUGAGCAAAGUGUAGGGUUUUGUGUCUGAUUUAUCGCCUAUGAACAAAUAAAGUUGCUAAAAGCGAGA